AUGAGCACUGGUUCAGAGAACGAUCAGAUGUCUACUAAUUCAGCAGCACAGGCAAAGAGUACAGACACACAGAAGGCGGCAGCCUUUCUGGCUGGUCUGUCCUUGUACCAGAUGAUUCAUGUUGCAAUAUCAGCCGGCAACUUUACGGUAGGAAGAUUUCAGAUUCCUCAGAAAUAUGUCAGCCUGUACAUCAACAGGAUGAUUAUUUCGAAUAGGGUCUUCUCAUUGGUUGGGAUUAUACUUACUACGCUCUAUGAACAGUUUGAUGGACCUGGUAUUCCUAAGUUGAACAUUGGACUGUUCGGACUUCUAUUAUUAUCCCACAUAACCUUGUUUCUUACAUAUUGUUCAGGAGGAGCUCAGGGUCAUAUUACGCUAUACUACUGGAUUGUUGUCGUAGUGGCUUUUAUCAUUGGAUUGUGUUUUGUGUUCACUGUUAAGUUGGCCAGUAAUGCAAUCAUUUAUCUUCUUGCGGCACUGCCCAUAUCCGGAAUUCUGGCAUCCUCCUAUCACAUAUCGUUCAUACUCAUUUCUCAGUAUUUUAACGUCUCAAACGUAUAUUACUGGUUGGUGUUUUGGCAACAUAUUUGUGCGAUAUCAUUGAUAUCUGUGACUACUGUGGUAUGGAUAUUUGCGUAUGGAAAUGGAGGUGAGGGAACCUCUUCAAGUACCACAAGCGGUUCUAGUGGUAGUUCUGGAAGUAGUAGUGGUAGUGAAGGACAUAAAGGUUUUUUGACAGCAUUAGGUUAUGCAAUAUCUCCACUAUUAUUGGUUGCAUUUGGGUACGGUAUACAGAACAUGUUCUAUCCCUCCGUGGCUCCAUACAAAAUCAUUGGCAUAGACAAGGGUUACAAGAUUGAUGUGGCGGUUUUAUUCACGAGUGCUGUACCACCAUUGAUCUUCUUGGGUCUGAUCUCCAAAGGAAAGGGUCCAGACAAACCAUGGACUGGUCAAGAUGAUAGAUGGUGGCAUGGAGCUUGGGGAUUCUUCGGAAUAGAGGUAAUGUGUGCAAUUAUCUUCUUUUCCACUCUGCAUUAUCCAAAUAGUGCUCUACCAAGAAGUAUAAGAAAUAGUAUUUGGGGUCUUGGAUUCUUCACAGUACUCUACGAUUUCUCCGCACAGAUGACUAGAUGCAUAGGAAGUAACGGAGUUGAUAAACAGAAGGGUGACGCUGCUCCAAAGAUGAACACGCUAAACUCCUUUUUGUACUCAUUCACCCAGGUCAUCUUUGCAUUUCUAGGAGACGGAUAUAUUAGAACAUAUCGCAAAGCAGAGGAAAGUUCAGAUUUAUGGCCAACCGCUCACUACACCAAUAAAAGAGCAUUCUGGUUCUGGACCUGGAGUACAACAAAAGUGGCUUUAGGAACGCUAAAAGGCGCAUUCAGCACAGAUGUUAGGGCUGAGAUUCUUGUUAAAAAGGAGCAUCUAUUUAUUGUAUAUGAAGAUGGUCCACCUGAGGGUGAUCCCUUCUUUGAUCUACCAUUUAUUCACAAGAAGGAGGAGUCUCCAGAUAAUCACAGUUUCAAGGGAGCGUACAUUUUUCACUAG